GGAAGUGGCGCGACAAAAAGCGGAAGUGGCGCGACAGGAAGCGGGUCCUGGACGUGGCCGCGGCGGCGGCGGCGGGCUAGGCCAGGCCUAGUGGGGAUACAGGAUCUCUGCAACAGGGUCAGCAUCCGUGCCCUCUGGCCACCCAGCUGUUCUUUUUCCCCGCUCCAUUCCUGGGAUUCCGGAGCCGCUGGCAUGACGCAGGCGGAGCUACGGCUCUGCUCCCUCCUGCUCCAGGAGCACUUCGGGGAGAUCGUGGAGAAAGUCGGGAACUCCUUGCUCCGGACAGGACCGCGGCCGCUGCGGCUCCUGGUGGGGGACACCGGGCUGCUCCCGGAUCAGGUGAAAAAGGCCCUUUGUGUCCUAAUCCAGCACAGCCUGGUGCGGUAUGAGGUACAGCCCCGGGGCUCUGUGGAGUAUGAGGCACGGAGCGAGCGCAUCCUGCGGAUCCUGCGAUACCCACGCUACAUCUACACAGCCAAGACGCUCUACGGGGACCCGGGGGAGCUGCUGGUGGAGGAGCUUCUGCUUCACGGGCACCUUCCCAUGAGCUGCGCUGUUGCCAGGGUCGCUGAUCGCCUCACUGAAACCAUGGAAGAUGGGAAAACCAUGGAUUACACGGAAGUGUCCAGCACUUUUGUGCGCCUGGCAGAUACCCACUUUAUCCAGAGGUGCCCGAUAGUCCCGGAAAGCCCCCGGAACAGCAAGGUGCCUCCAGCCCCUGCACCAGCCCUGGCCAUUGCCGAGAGCGACAUGUACGUCGUGCCUCGGCUCAGCCUUGUCGGGAAAGGGAAGCGGAGACACUCGUGUGAUGAGGAAGAGGAGGGGGAGAACAAGGCCAAAAGGCAGAAGCAGGAGGGAGGAAGCUCAGAGACUCCCCCAGAUGAUGGCAUUUACUGGCAAGUCAACCUGGAGCGCUUCCAUCAGCACUUCCGUGCCCAGGCUCUGGUCAGUGCCGUGGCCAGCCGCAUGGACCAGACCAGCAGUGAGGUGGUGCGGACGAUGCUGCGCAUGAGUGAGGUGACCACAGCCUCGGGCGCGUCGCACACGCAGCCGCUCUCCUCCAAUGAGAUAUUCCGAUCCCUUCCAGCUGGGUACAACAUUGGGAAGCAGGUGCUGGACCAGUACCUGGCACUCCUGGCUGAUGAUCCGCUGGAGUUCGUGGGGAAGUCAGGGGACAGUGGUGGGGGUACCUACACUGUCAGUAUCCUUUGUGAGGAACUUGGUGUUCCCAGGCCAGAAGCAUUCCCAACCUCUGGAAUUGUCCUUUACCUCAGCCCAUACAGACCUGCACAAGGCCCUGGUGUCCCUGGCCACAGCCACGCUGGAGUCCAUUGUGGAGGAGAGGUGACGUGGGGACCCGGAGCAUCCUGGGCUCCCCCCAGCCCCUUCCCACAUCCCUCCCUCAUCCCACUCCUCCUGCACAGCUUUGGCUCCCGCUGCGCCAGGAUAUUCCGCCUGCUCCUGCGCAAGAAGCACCUGGAGCAGAAGCAGGUGGAGGAUUUCGCCAUGAUCCCAGCCAAGGAAGCCAAAGACAUGCUCUACAGGAUGCUCUCAGAGAACCUGGUGUCCUUGCAGGAGAUUCCCAAGACUCCGGACCACGCUCCAUCCCGUACCUUUUAUCUGUACACAGUGAACGUGAUGGCUGCUGCUCGGAUGCUGCUUCACAGAUGCUACAAGGUGAAUCCCAAGGAUCUGUUGGGCUCCAAGUAUCACAGAUCCUGGUCUAUCUGUGCACUCAUUUCCAGGGAAUCCAGGCCCUGCUGCCAGCUCCUGCUCCAGGGAACUGUUGCAGCCCCCAGUCCUGGAAGUGCCAUGUCCAGUUGUCACAAGCCCCUCCUUCCUGAUGCCACAGGGAUGGCAGCAGCACUGUCCUCUGUAUGUCCCCCCAUUGGGUUUUUGGGAGCAUCAGGUCCCUUGGUGCCCCCCAGUACACCUGGGCUGGGGGCUCACCUGAUUCUUGUCCCUGUAGAGCUCCUUCCUGCUCCAGGAUCCAGGUGUCACAGCCCCCUCCCUUGUGAUGCCACAGGGGUGGCAGUGACUGUGCCCAUGUCCCCACAUGGGAUUCUUCAGGGCUCCCCAACACUGGGUACUCAUCUGUUUCUUCCCCAGAGUGUGGCUAACCUGAUGGAGCGAAGGCAGCAUGAGAUGCGGGAGAACAAGAGGCUCCUAGAGAAGUCCCAGCGUGUAGAGGCCAUUCUGGCCUCCAUGCAGGCCACGGGUGCUGAGGCAGCACAGCUGCAUGAGGUCGAGGAGAUGAUCACAGGUCCUGAGCGGCAGCAGCUUGAAAACCUAAAACGCAACGUCAACAAGAUUGAUGCCAGUGAGAACCAGGUAGAUGAGACCAUCUUUGUGCUGGAGUCGUUCAUUGAGAGCACCAUGAAGAGACCGUGAGGGAACAGGACAGGAACAAGAAUAUGGACACAGACAAGGACAAGGAUAUGGAUGGGGGCAGGAACCAGAUACCUCUACCCACAAUGCUUGUGCUACUGAGAAGAAUAAAACAACAGUUGCUAAUGCA